AUGGUUUGUACAAGGCUAGAUGUUGCUCACGCCAUUGGUGUGCUCUAUGGUCUUCUCCCCAACAGCACAGCCCAGUUUUCUCCUCCUUCCCCAUGGAAUGUCACCAAAGACCCAAAUGCAUGUUCAUGGAAGGAGAUUGAUACCUUGGAGGUUGUUGAUCUCUCCAACAAUCACUUGAGCUCAAUCCCAGAUGAGUUCAUGACCGGUUGUGGAAAGAUUACUAGGUUGAAACUGUUGAAUAUUAGUAGGAACAAAUUGUCUGGCCCUUUACCCACUUUUAAUGGUUUUGCUAAGUUGGAGUCCUUGGACUUGUCUCACAAUUCAUUGGGUGGACGCAUUGAUUUACAGCUUGAUGGGUUGGUUGGUCUCAAAAGUUUGAACCUUGGCUUCAACCAGUUCAUCGGCUCUGUUCCUAUGAACAUUGGAAAAUCCAUGGUUUUGGAGGAGCUUGGGCUUUCUGCCAAUCACUUUGAAGGUAAAUUCCCUGAAUCAAUUGCGAAUUAUUCGAAAUUAACUACAAUUGAUCUUAGUUUCAAUUACAUUUAUGGGUCAAUCCCUAAUAGAUUUGGAGAGCUUCUCAAUCUGCAACUUUUGAUUCUAUCUUCUAAUAAUUUGAGUGGUGGAAUCCCAAAAUUCCUUUCAACUAUCCAAAACCUAUGGCGAUUCGCGGCCAACCAGAAUUCUUUUUCUGGUGUUAUUCCAGUUGGGAUUACAAAACAUCUCAAGAAUUUAGACCUUAGUUAUAAUAAGUUAAAUGGGUCAAUUCCUGGAGACCUUUUAUCCCAAUCAAAUUUGCAGAGUGUAGAUUUAUCUUAUAAUUCAUUAAGUGGGCCAAUACUUGCAAAUAUGUCUCCAACCUUGUUGAGGUUGAGAUUAGGAAACAAUCAAUUGAAUGGGACAAUCCCAUCUUCAUCUUUUGGAAGCCUUCAAACACUGACCUAUUUGGAGUUGGAAAACAAUAGUUUGAGUGGGUCAAUACCUCCUGAAUUGAGUUCGUGCAAGAAUUUAGCACUGCUGAAUCUUGCUAACAACCACCUCACUGCAUUGCGGAAACUGAAUAUCGGCUGGAAUUCACUGAACGGUUCGAUACCAUCUUCAAUUUCAAGCUUGCAAUCUCUUACCAACUUGGAUCUACGAGGCAACAAUCUCAGCGGUUCAAUAACUGCUUCAAUUGGUAACUUGAAUUCCCUUUUAAAACUCCAACUAGGGAACAACAAACUCAAUGGGACAAUUCCGUUGAUGCCACAGACUUUGCAGAUUGCACUAAAUUUAAGCAGCAAUCUCUUUGAAGGACCUAUACCUAGAACGUUAUCAAGAUUGUUCAGAUUAGAUGUGUUGGAUCUUUCCAACAACAAAUUUUCUAGUCAGAUUCCCCAGUUCUUUACAUCCGUUACAGUUGAUGUAUGUGGAAACAAAGGUCUCAUUAGCACUACAAAUUCAAACUCUCCCUCAUUAUCUCCAAAACAGAGAAAGACAAUGGAUGCGGGAGUCCUUUCAUUUGCUGCUGGCAGUGCCUUGGGCUUUGUGUUAGUAACAAUUAUUGUUGUUUUUAUUUCCAGGCAAGGAAAUGGUGGUUUAGAUAUCAUGGCUUUUGUGGACAUGUUGAUGGGUUUUGAACGAUUCUUAAUACAAUUUUAUAGUGUCAAAGGUCAUUGGAUAACUGAUAAUAGCAUCCAUAAAUCAAAGCUUAACUUAUCCAAAGCCAUGGAGGCAGUUUCCAAACCUGUUAACAUGAUGCUGAAGAGUGAGUUCUGCACCUACUACAAGGCUGUCAUGCCUUGUGGGAUGAGUUAUUGCAUCAAGAAGCUAAAUUGGAGCUGUAAGGCAUUCCAAUUGUUUAACCCUGAGAGGUUUGUUCAAGAGCUAAUGGUUUUAGGUAAGCUAAGCAAUUCAAAUAUCAUGAUCCCUCUAGCUUAUACUUUAACAGCUCGUAGCGCAUAUGUUGUUUACGAAAAUCCUCAACAUGGAACCCUCUUUGACCUUCUGCAUACAAACACACAGCCCAGUUUGCUCCUCCUUCCCCAUGGAAUGUCACCAAAGACCCAAAUCCAUGUUCAUGGAAGGGUCUACAUGGGUGCUCCACUUCAACUGGACCCAUAA